CCGCACUCCAAUUCGGUAAGACCAGUAACUGCUUGCCUGAGAACUAAGCCUUUACUGCCCCGCAAUUUACCCCAUCACCCAUUUCUCGUCAAUUCUACAAUGCGGGUCUUUCUCUUGGUCCACGUUUGAAGGUGGCACUCAAAUCAACUCAAUUUCUUGUUCCUAUAAGAAUGGACAGGAUAAGUUGAAACAAGAUUAGAAAUCGGAGUAUUCUUGAUUCCCAUGAACAUGAACGCGCACAAGUCAACUAACAAACCAGUUGGCCUAUGAAGGCUACUCUUAAUUCUUUCGUCGUGUUCUAGAUCGGGAUCUUCUGAUCAGUAGCGAGCAUAACGGAACACAUCCGCCAUUGAUAGCACAUGAAUGCUAUAAAGUGAUCUCUCAUCUUCAUGUCAAAAGCUCUCACUAGUACUAGGACACUAGACAGAGAUCGGUUUGUGAAUAUCAACUACCUACACACACCCUUUUAUAUAAUAAGGCCAUCCUUCAAGCUUGGCCAUUACAAAGCAAUGUCUCUUGAUAUCUCAUUAGAGAAGGAUCAUGGAAUUUUUUCGGAUAAACCAAGUGUGGCUGAGGUAGAGCUCAUGGAGAAUGUCGAGUUGCGACAUCAGUUCUCCGUUUGGUCUCUCGGAUCGCUUUGUCUCUGCUUGAUGGCGACAUGGGAAGCUCUUUCAACUGUCGUUGCAACAGCACUAACGAACGGUGGUGCGCCUUGCCUGUUCUACAACUACAUUAUAACCUUUCUUGCGACCAUCGCAGUAGCCUGCUCCCUUGGUGAAAUAGCGUCGAUGUACCCAACCGCUGGAGGCCAAUACCACUGGGUAGCUCUGUUGUCUCCAUCGCGAUCAAGCAAGGCUGCGUCAUGGUUCACAGGAUGGAUAUCGUGUGGUGGACAGAUUGUAUUGUCUGCUUCGGCUGCUUUCGCUGCCGCCUUGCAGUUACAAGCAUUAAUCACAUUGAACAAUCCCGACUCUUAUAUCCCGAAGCGGUGGCAAGGUAUGCUCGUUUAUUGGGUAGUCCUCGCCUACUCACUAGCUCUGAACUUGUGGGGAUCAAAGCUCUUACCACUUACGAAUAUGGCCUCUGGUGUCAUUCACAUUGUAGCGUUUCUCACAAUCGUUGUCGUUCUUGGGAUUAUGGCCCCUAAACACGAUGCUUCCUAUGUCUUCACCGAGCAUUCGAACACAAGUGGUUGGUCAAACGACGGCGUUUCCUGGCUAGUGGGGCUUUUGAGUACUGUAUAUCCGUUCCUGGGCUACGAUAGCGCAACUCAUCUUGCCGAGGAAAUGGCUCAUCCAGCCCGCGAUGUCCCGAUAGCAAUGGUUGGCAGUGUCAUCGUGAAUGGUAUUAUGGGAUUAGGUUACUGCGUUAUCCUAUUAUUCUCGAUUGGUGAUCUCGAUCAGUUGUUGCUGUCACCAACAGGGUUUCCUUUUAUGCAGCUAUUUCUGAAUGUCACCAAAAGUAAAGCUGGGGCUUCGAUAUUAUCCUUGACAGUCACGUUCAUUGCGAUGGCAGCGAACGCUGCGGGUCUCACAUCAACGUCUCGAACUGCGUGGGCUUUUGCUCGUGAUGGUGCCAUCCCAUUCUCGGGCUACCUAGCGCACGUCGACAAACGUUACGCUGUACCAACCCGCAUGAUCGUCUGCAUUUCUGUGAUUCAGAUGCUGCUUGGAUUCCUUUACCUUGGAAGCUCAACUGCUUUUAACGCUGUCCUCUCCAUGGCGAUACUUGGCAUAUACGCCUCAUAUAUUCUUCCGAUCAUCUACAUGACUCUCUAUGGCCGCAAAUCGGGAAGUCAUCGCCCGGGCCCAUUCACAUUAGGGACAAUUGGCGGUAUGGUAAUAAAUGUGAUUGCGAUCGCCUGGCUCGCCUUUGCCAUGGUGUUUAGCGCAUUUCCUAAUUCCCAACCAGUCACAUCGGUGAAUAUGAAUUAUUGCGUGGUUGUAAUGGGGGGGUGGUUGGUUUUAGGAGGUCUGUAUUACUGGUGGUCGGGCCGGAAGCAAUACAAUGGGCCUGCUAUAGUAGUUCUUGAAAAGGUAUCCUAAAUGGAUUUAAUCGUUGGAUCAAAUUGUCCGCUUCAUGCACAG